AGUAAUCUCCCUUUACCGGUAGAGUGGUAGACAACCUAAACAAGAAGCAUGGGUGAAUCUGGAUUUGAGUUUCUUUAUGACGUUACCGCUGACGGCAACAUUCCUGUCUCAAAAUACAGGUCAAAGAAUACAGGCAUAUCUGUAUUUAUCGCCCAAGUCGAGGGUCCAUUAGUAAAUGGAUAUUUUUGUUUAGCCACAGAAGCCCACGAUGACGACGGCCUUCCCCAUACUUUGGAGCACCUUAUCUUCCUCGGCAGUGAAGACUACCCUUACAAAGGAGUUCUUGACCUGCUGGCUAACAGAUGCUUGGCUUCUGGUACAAAUGCCUGGACAGAUACUGACCACACCUGUUACACAAUGACCAAUGCGGGCAGUGAAGGUUUCCUCAAGCUCCUUCCCUAUUAUCUGGACCACAUCCUCUACCCAACCCUCACAGAGUCUGGCUAUGUGACAGAAGUCCACCAUGUAAAUGGUGAAGGGGAUAAUGCUGGUGUGGUGUACUGUGAGAUGCAGGCUCGCGAGAAUACUGGUGAGAGUCGCUGUCAUCUAGAAAUGGUACGGGCUAUGUACCCAGGGCAUUGUGGGUACAAGUCGGAGACUGGAGGAAUCAUGGCAAACCUACGUGAUAGUACUUCACACCAAAAGGUGUGUGAUUACCACCGUGAAUUUUACCGCCCGGAGAACCUUUGUCUAAUCAUCACUGGUCAGGUGUCAGCUGAAGAGGUGUUCCAGGCUCUGAAACCUGUUGAGAAUAAAAUCAUCUCAAAGGGAAAUCGUCCCUCGUUUACUCGUCCCUGGAUGAAUGAAGUACCGGUUCUUGAGAAGCCUGUCAUCAUCAGUAUCCCCUAUGCAACAGACGAGGAAACUCAUGGCAUGGUGAACAUGGCGUGGAGAGGACCUCAUGUCCAGGACCAGUACCUGAUGAAUGCCCUACACAUCCUCCAGGAGUACCUAUCUGACUCGCCCAUCGCACCCUUACAGAAGGAGCUGGUGGAAGUGGAGGAGCCGUACUGUAGUCAGAUUUCAGCGAAUGUCAUUGAGAACUCAGAAACAAUGGUGUACUUCAAUUUCACAAACGUGACAACAUCAAAAAUAGCAGAAGUCAAGCAGAAAGUGAAUGAUGUAUUGAAGGGGACCCAUCAAGGAUCCUUAGACAUGGCCAGGAUAGACAGCAUAGUUCACCGUAAGAUUCUCGAGUCGCUGAGACGAAUAGAGGAUUCUCCACACGAUGCCAUGUCCUUCAUCAUCAUCGGAGACUUCCUGUACAGCCAGGACAAAGCUGAUACAGAUGCACGUGUAAAUGUGGUCACACAAUACAAAAAGAUGAAGAUGGAAAAGGAAGAUUUCUGGAAGGAUCUGCUGGCCAAAUUUUUCCUCAAUGAUGUCCAAGUUGUGGUAGAAGGUGUUCCCAGUAAAUCAUUUAUGGAAACAUCUGGACAGAAAGAGAAAGACAGAGUUGCUAAGCAACAGGAAAAAUUAGGGGAAGAUGGUAUGAAGAAACUCGGUGAGAGGCUGGAGAAAGCAACAGAGGAAAAUGAGAAAGAGGCUCCAGAAGAUGUACUUACUCGAGUUUCAGUUCCAGAUGUCGCUAGUAUACACUUCCACCAUAUCAACCCUUCCUCAAAUCUCGACCCCAAAACAGCUAAUGCAAACUCGAAGUUCCCUUUGGAUAAAGUACCUUUCAGAUUUCAGCUUGACGAUAUGAAAACAAAUUUUGUCCAGAUCAACGCCCUCCUGGACUCCAGCUGUGUGCCACGGAAUCUAAGAAUGUACCUGCCCCUGAUGUGCCAGGUCGUAUUUGAGAGUCCCGUUCUAAGAGAUGGAGAACUUGUUUCUCAUGAGGAGAUCAUUAAACAGCUCGAAGCAGACACGCUGAGUUAUGGUGGAGGUUUGGGAGUGACAGGCGCAGGAACCUUCUCAUGUGGAGCUUACCCCCAGGUGGUCCAUUUCCAGCUACAGUUGGAGAAAGACAAAUAUGAGAAAGGCAUUCAAUGGAUGAGGGAACUGUUGUACAGGUCAAAGAUCACCGUGGACCGACUAAAGAUUGUAGCCCAGAGACUCGCUAGUGAUGUAGCCAGUAACAAACGCAAGGGAAUCAAAGUUGUCCGUACCCUGAUAGGGGAAAUGGUGUACCACAAAGACUGUAACGUGACAGUGACCAGUAUGCUGAGACAGGAGAAGUUUUUAAAGAACACACUCAAACGGCUGGAAACCGACCCAGAUCAGGUAUUAAGAGAUAUAGAACAACUAAAACAGACCAUUACCAGACCGAGUAACCUUAGGAUACACCUAUCGGCAAACGUAGAGUCUUUGAUACCAUCUCCUCAGUCGCCAUGGAUACAGUUUGUACCCAGUGACAUCACUGACGAACCAAUGGCCUGCUGUAUGAAGCAGACAUACGAGUAUAACCUUGGGUAUGAGGAGAGCCCGGAGACAUGUGUGAUUGUGGGGGUGGGAUCUGUAGAGUCCUCGUACCUGAUACAGGUUGUACCCAGCAUCACAUCCUUCAUGGAUGCCGACCUCCCGGCUGUUAUGGUCUUCAUACAGUACAUGACACAGUGUGAAGGUCCCUUAUGGCGUCAGAUCCGGGGACUAGGACUCUCGUAUCACUAUGGGAUAAGUGUUGAUGCCGAGAAAGGCCUGCUGAAAUUUCUCCUGGCACGAUCUACCAACAUCACAGAGGCUUACAAGGAAGGCAGGAACAUUGUGAUGGGCUACGUGAACGGAGAUACCCCGUUCUCCACAGUGGAGCUUGAGUCGGCAAGAAGCAGUCUGAUAUUUGAGAUUAUUGAGGAGGAGAAAACAGUAUCUGGUGUAUCUGAAGUCUCCCUGUUGUCCUACUUCAAGGGGAUCAGUCUGUCCUACAACAAGGAGUUGUUAGCAAAGGUUGCCAAGGUAACCGUAGCCGACGUCCAGCGAGUGGGUCCGAAGUACAUUUCACCACUGUUUGAUGUAACCAAGGCUAGGACUAGUGUCUGUUGUCAUCCGACCAAAGUGAAGGAGGUGACUUCAGAGCUUAGUCAAAUGGGACUCAACCUGAAAGUACUGCCAUCUUUGGAGGAGGACUUCAUGUGUGAUUAUUAAAAGAGGAUGGUGAGAAACAGGAAGUUUAAGGAAUAAGGAACCUGAAGUUCUUUCUGCUUCAUUGUAAAAUGGUGGACACUGAGAGACUAACACCUAACUAGACUUUAUCAUCACAGGAGAAAACUUUCCUGGCCUUCUAAAGGCUGUAUUAUCCCAGAAGAAGAAAUUCCUGUGAGGUAGAAAGUGGUGAACAUCAAGAGAUGCAACACCUAAACUGACAUCUUCCCUGAAAUAGGACUUCUUCAAUGGACAUCAGAGAAUGUGAGAGGCACAAGACCUAGUUUCCAUGGAUAUAAGAGAAUGCAAGAGACACAAGUCUCAAAGCCUACUGUUUAUCCACAGGUGAUUUUGUGACUGGUUGAAAACUUUCAGUUGUCUCUUAUAUAGAGAUUGAGAAACACAAUAUGAAAAUACUUAAGGAGGACUUUCUCUUUGGUAGUCGCGGACAUCAACAGACUUUCACUCGUCUCUCUUCUUUUUUCUGAUAUUCUGUUCAGUUGUAAAGUGGCAGAUAUCAGAAGCCUUUCGUCAUCUCUUAAUUACACAUUUUCUGAUUCCAAGGAACACAUGGGUUCAGAUAUAUUUCACCAAACUUCAUGUGUGAAAUCGAAAGGACAGGUGAUGGUAAUGUUUUAAGUGGUUGAACAAGACAAUGAUAUAAGGACAAUAAAAUAUGCAAUUUUCACUUCUACAUUAGAUCUAUAAACAUAUUCUAUGAUGAAUACUACAGGGUUAUUUUUAUGUUAAAUGUGUCAUUUCAUUGUGAAAACCUAAAGCUAUUUGUGUUGUUCAAGAAACUCCAAGGCCGUUUUUCGUUUUUGCGGACCAAACAGUUGGACAGAGUUGGACGGGUGUUGUUCGUUUAUGAAAUAAAGGCGGACCUUGUGAUUUUAUAUUCCUUUCAAACGAGCCUAGACAAAAGACUUCCAAGGCCUGUAUUAACAUUUGCAGGUCCGUCAAGAUAUAUGUUUGAAAUAUUACAUUUAAAAACUGACCGGUUUGUCCGCAUAAACGAACAAGCCCCAAGUUGUUACAGAGCUUUUCCUAAUUACACCUUUUAGAGAGAGCAGCUACAUGGUUAUGAAAAAGUACUGUUCAUGAGGUGAAUAAAGCACGUAACCUACUA